AUGGAGGUGGAGGGAGCUAUCAUAAAGGCAGCGGGCAUCAUUGUUUACACCGUCGACGCACUCCUGAAGGAACCCAAAUACUUGCUGCUUAAGGCGUCAAACAAGCCGUUCCAUUGGACACCCCCGAAAGGCCGACUAGACCCCGGUGAGACGUUCCAGGACGCCGCAUUCAGAGAGACAUGGGAGGAAUGCGGGUUGCGCAAGGAUCUCAUCGAAGUUGACGAAUCGUUCAAGGAGGUACUCAGAUACAAGGCACACGAAAGGGACAAGGAGUGCGUAUACUAUCUGGGGAAGCUGACAGAUCCGAACUUCAAAGUAACACUAUCGCACGAACACACCGACCACGCAUGGAUUUUCGCUAGUAACGUCAACGAUUACUGCGACAAAGAGUCGCUCUGCAACAUGAUCGCACAUGCGGACGAACACAUCAAGCGCAAACUGCAUUAG